GUCCACCCUAGAAAUAUUUUGGCAAAUCUCUGUUGCUGCUGCAUAUCUCUAUCCUUUCAUAUAUAACAAUGUCAAACCCUCUCUCUCUCUCUCUCUCUCUCUCUCUCUCUCUCUCAGUUUUAACUAAUUUUCCUAUGCCCCACACCAAUAUUACCAACUCAUGUGCUUCACGAUUCUCUAUUUAUUCUAUUCUAUGUUUUUCUCUGCACUAUAUGUGCUUCCUUUAAGAGGGUUUCUCUCAAACCGGCCACCAAACCUCAUUUCUAUAUUUUUUUUUUUCUUCUUGAAAUAUUCAUCUUUUCUCUUUGCUUUUUGGGAUGGAGAACUCGAUCAAUUCUAUGAGCAAAGCCCUCUCAUCCAAUGAAAGAACUUCUGGGUCUCCCGAGGAGAGUGGCUGGACUGUCUACUUUGAAGAUUUCUUAGUCAACAACAACAACGAAGAACACAUGAUGAGUCGUUAUUGCUCUUCCCGUUUUGAAACCUCUAAUUCUCUGGUUUCUGAUGCUGCUUCUUUGAUCGGGAAAAAGUCUAUGGUUAAGAGUAGUAAAAGAUUGAGCUUCAAGAAGAGGAAAACAAUCGGAGCUUUGGUUGAUGAUUCUCUGGAAGAUACUGCUAGCUCUCCUGUCAGCAGCCCCAAGGUUUGUAAUGAACUGAAUGAGAUGAAUAUGAAGAUUGCAAAACGAAGCGAUAAUACAGAAAUAUCUCAGGAGAAAGGGAGUGCUUCAGGACAGAUAGAGGAGAGAAGUGAAGUGGGUUUUAUUGGGAGAGAUAGUGAUUGCACAGAACUAAAAAAGAGUGGCCUUUGCUUAGUUCCUUUCUCUAUGUUAAUUAAUUAUUUUGGGUAAUUAAUUCCAAUUUAAUCUUCCCUAAAUCACUGUUAUUUCUGUAUAUAAUGCAAUUAAGAGUCAUUGUUUUAG